AUGUUUAAAAUUUUUACAAAACUAAAUCGAGGAAUAUUUUUUAAUGAGGCGCGAUCAUGGAAAAAAGUUCACACAAGAGCAGUACCUGUCGUUUUAGAGGAAUUAAACGCGGCAGAAAUAGCUUUGGAAGAAUUAAAAAAUAAACAUAUUUUUGAAAGAUAUAUGUCCCUUCCCAUUCCAGAAUCAAAGGUUCCUGCUACUUAUAUAUGGAUAGAUGGAACAGGAGAAAAUGUACGUUGCCAAUCUAAAACGUUAGAAAUUAAUCCCAGCUCCCACAAAGAAAUUCCCAAUUGUACUUUUAACGGAAGCGAAACGCAACAAGCUAAUAUAAACAAUCCGGACUGUUAUAUAGUUCCUGUAGCUGUGUACAAUGAUCCUAUAAAAAGAGGUAAUAGUAAGCUGGUAUUGUGUGAAGCAUUUAACGCCGAAGAAAAGCCUUGUAAAACCAAUCAUAGACAAAGAUGCGUUGAAGUUUUAAACAGAGCAUGUGAGCAUGAAAUAGAAGUAAGUUUUGAACAGGAAUAUUUAUUGACUGAUAAAAGUGGAAUACCGUUUGCUUCUCAGAGCAUUGGAGAUGAUUUACCAGCAGAGUUACAUUACGCAGGUAUAGGAGCAGGAAAAGUAUUGGGUAGAGAAAUAGCGGAAUGUCUCUACAGAAGUUGUCUUUACGCUGGUAUUGAAAUCACAGGCGACAGAGCAGAAAAAGUAUUUGGACAAUGGGAAUUCAAACUCGGACCAUCUCCUACGAUUAAGGCCGCCGACGAUUUAUGGGCAGCUCGAUAUUUACUUUCGAGAAUAGCGGAAGAUUACGGGAUUGGUAUAUCGUUAGACCCAAAAUUUUCGCAGCAAUACCCAGGAUCAGCAUUAACAGCAACUUUUUCUACAAAAUUCAUGAGAAACGAUAACGGUAUAAAACAUAUUAUAGAAGCUUUCAAAAAAUUGGAAAAAAGGCACUUUGAACAUAUGAAAGUAUACGAUGCGAAAGGGGGAGCUGAUAAUAAAAAACGUCUUACAGGAAAGUUCAGAACAUCGUCGGCGGAAAAAUUUACUUGCGGAGUUGCUGACAGAACUUUAUCGGUUCGCAUGACGAAAUUGGUAAAUUUACGAAGGAACGGUUUUUUAGAAGAUAGAAGACCAGCGGCGAACGCAGAUCCCUACCAAGUAAUAUCUGCAUUGGUCGCUACCUGUCUUUUAGAAAUGUGA